AUGUCGUUAAUAACGUUAUUUAUGCUAUUCGCAACCAGCAGUAUUCUUCUCAUAUUUCGAUACAUUGCAACCUCGGGCAAUGCCCGCAAACCGCCAAAUGGCCUCCUGCGAGUCCCUGGUCCAAAGGGUCUCCCCAUAAUUGGCAAUACUUUACAGCUAGGACCCCAGCCACAGAAAAUGCUGAAAAGUUGGGCAAGAGAAUAUGGAGAAGUUUUUCAAAUACGCUUAGGAUGGGAAAACUGGGUCUAUUUGAACACCCCUCAAGCUGUGAAGGAUAUUCUCGACAAACAAUCAGCCAUCACUUCAGGUCGUCCACCAAUGCCAGUUGCAAGUGAUAUUGUGUCAGGUGGAAUGAGGUUCUUGCUAAUGACUUAUUCGCCGACAUGGCGGAAACUGAGGGCGAUCGUCCACAAACUUCUCACCCCAAAAGUUUCGAACACCUUUAUGCCUAGCCAAGAAUUCGAAGCAAAGCAGCUGAUUUACGAUAUUCUAACAGAUAAUAAAGAUGAGUGGAGUUUUUAUAUGCAUGUAAGGAGAUACACGACUUCGGUUGUGAUGACAUCAACCUACGGAAGAAGGGUUGCAGAAUGGCAAAGCGAGGAUGUCCGUGAAGUAUACGGCCUAAUGAAAGAGUUUUCUGAGAACACUGCCGCUGGUGCCUUCAUCGCAGACUUAAUUCCACCUUUAGCGAAACUGCCCGUCUGGAUGCAGCUGUGGAGAAAAAGAGCAUUGAAGUACCAAGCACGGCAGACUGCGAUAUGGAUGAAAUACUGGAUGAACCUCAAGCAUCAGGUUGCAAACAAGGAAGCCCCAGAUUGUUUUGUAAAGCAAUUCAUGGAGACAGAUUAUCAAAAACAGGACAUUAGUGAAGUCCAAGGUGCAUUCGUUGCUGGCACAAUGAUUGAGGCUGGGUCGGAGACAACAUCGUCGUCUCUCAAUAGUUGCAUAAAAUAUCUUGCAGCUUAUCCAGAAGUUCAACAACGGGCUCAUACGGAACUUUCAAAAGUUGUCGGAGAUUCGAGGUCACCUACCUUUGAGGACGAGCUAAAUCUUCCGUACAUACAAGCAAUGGUAAAAGAAAUUCUCCGUAUCAGACCAGUAACGAACGUUGGACAGCCACACUACACCACAGCCGACGUCGUUUACGGGGAUUUCUUCAUUCCUAAAGGCACCGUUAUUGCCAUUAACCAGUAUGCCAUACACUUCGACAGAUAUCGCUAUGAUGACCCUGAGGCGUUCAAUCCAGAGCGCUAUUUAGGUCAUCCGCUAAAGGCUGGUGCGUAUGCUGCAGCUGCUGAUCCAUUCGAGCGUGAUCAUUUCGGAUUUGGUGCAGGGCGAAGAAUUUGUCCUGGAAUGCAUCUUGCCGAAAAUAGUCUCUUCAUAACAUUGGCCAAGAUACUCUGGGCAUUUGAGAUUAGACCACACAUUGGCGAUGAUGGGAAGGAGGAAGCGGUCGAUGUAUCGGACGAUGCAUAUGAAGAAGGCACAAGCACAUUGCCAAAACAGUUUCAGAUGCGCUUCAUUCCAAGGAAUACUACGCGAGAGCGUGUUCUAAGGGAUGAAUGGGAGACGGCGCAAAAAGAGGGUUACUUGCUAGGGGGCGUCAAAGUUAACACUACGGGCAUGGUGGCACAGUAA